GAUAUCGUGCGCGGUAGAACUGCUGAAGUUCCAUCGUCAAAUUUACUUAUCUUCAAACUGCUGCCAGAGCAAAUUAAAAGAGAAAGCAGUCGUUCAGUCUUGUGCCAUUAUUAGACAGUAUGAAAAGGCGUCAUGUCAUUCCGCUGGUUUCAGCCACAAUCAUGUGCAUAUCCACUAUCUUCGCUUGUGAAACAUUUCGGUUUGUAACUCAUGACAAGAAAGUUUUACARGGACAUGUAAUGUUGACCAUGACAACACCUUACCAUCAAGUGUGCUGGUCUAAAUGUGCUGCUAUCAUAAACUGUCURUCGGUAAAUACUCGCAGUCUMSUCGAUUUGGGAGUUGUAACUUGUGAGCUGAACAACUCUAGUAUGAGAGCUAAUACAUCUAAGCUGGGUGAUCAUCCUGAGUACCAGUAUCACGAAAUGACAGCGACUGAACCAAAACUUUGCAGUGCUUUAGAAUGUAUAAGAAAAGAAGCUCUAGAAGACGGCUGGUAUCGUUAUGGCAACACAGCUGUGAAGCUUAUAAACGAAAACAAAACCUGGAAUGAUGCAAAGACUCAUUGCAAAUCUCUGGGAAGUGAUCUGGUGACGAUCCUAUCUCCACGUCAAAGCGAUUUCAUCCGCCAAGUGGUGGUAAAGGAUAUUUAUGAUCGUACAACCAAGCAAAAAGAAAGUUCACUACCUGAUGAACUCGUUGACUAUUGGCCUCUUGAUGGAUCAGACUUUGACGUGCAACCAAGAGACAAGCCUGGUGAUGCAAGAUAUGAAAUCAUCGAUGGUGAAAUGUCUUUGUACCUUUCUGGAUACAAUAGCUUUGCUGAGGUUCCCGCAGUGGUAUUUAAUCCUGAAGGAUUUACGACCAUGCUAUGGAUAAAAUUGUUAAAUAAUACUAGGCAACUUGUGACGUUUUACAGUGACUGGUAUGCACCUUUGACAACCUUUCUAAUGGGCGUUCAUUAUCCAUAUAAAGGAUUGUUUACCUGGUUCAGGAAUUUCAAUGGAGAAAUGAAAACGACGUACUAUUUAAACUACCGCUUCGAAGAAUGGGUGCACGUCGCAGUCAGUUAUACUAAUAARACGCUGCCUGCAAUUAAGAUAUAUUACAACGGAACACUCAAGCAAACUACCAGCAUAUCAAAUCUAGUUAGACAAACGAUCCAUUCCAAGUUCCAUCUUGGCAUAAAGGGAGAUGACUUUCCAAACAGUCCAAAAACAAUGCAUGGCUAUAUGAAACACCUUAUGGUUUUUAACAAGACUUUGAACGAAGAGGAAAUCAAGAGAUGUAUUGCAUUUGUCAAGCCUCCAGCAGAGCCUUGGAUUGGACUGAAGGGAAACAACGCAACAAAAACAUAUCAAUGGAGUGAUGGGACACCUGCCRACUUCCUAAACAUGGUACCUUACAAACCAGGAACAGGCUGUGUUGCCAUGGCUGAUAAUGGCCAGUGGUUUGACACCGAUUGUCAAUUAUUACCCAGACCAUUUGUUUGUGAAAAGUAUGYACCUUGAUUUGGUGAACUGUACASAGAUUACGU